AUGGGGUCGUUCGGAGACAGCUUCUCAGGCAAGCCGCGGGAGGAUCCCUUGGCCACUUCACUCGCCAGCUGGAAACCGGGUGGUGUUAGUGCUACCGCCACUACAGCCACCGCCUCGGAGCACGCGCCAGGCGUGCCCAUGCACCCCGCAAAAGCUACGACCACCACCACUACCGCUACCGGCAAUAGCGCUACCUCUACCACCACGCAGACGGGUGGGAAGGUCACCGUGUUGGCAGUACCAUCCACACCCACACGCGCGGAGAAGGAGCGAACGGCCAGAAGCAAGGUGCCGCCACCGCCGGUAGUCAUAGUGGAUCUGUUCAAACAGGGUAAGCGCCAAGAAGGGUGUCUGGAUGUGGAUGUGCGGCAGAAGGAGGUGGAUUGGGUUGGGG